CUUUAAAUUAAACGGUCCAAGGCAAGUGAUAGUGUGAUACACCAAUGCUCCAACAGUUCAACACUUAUCCUGCAUCUUACAACGCUCUCUUCCCGCCUUCUCUCCCUCUCUCCCCUCCAUAGAUGGCAGAGAUACUAGCUACACCAGUUCUUCUACCCGGUCCUUUACCAACUACACCCAAACACCGCCACCAGUCUCUCUCUUCACCACCACCACCACAGCCACAAACACAACCACUACAGCCACCACUUCUGCGAGCAUCGCCGCCAUCUGCUCCGCUUAAACCUCUUGUUCAAAAACCCCACCAGCAACCACAAAAUUCCAACUUUAUCAGAACCCGCAAUCCCAACACCUUCAACCCAUCUCUUCUACAUCUUCCUAGAAGUCGUCGCCGCCUUGGAAAACACCGUGACCCCAACCGCGGCAAACCCUGGACCCACCACAGUCUCUCUCCUCAAGGUCAGCAAAUUUUCCAAAUUCUUAUUGAGACUGGGUUGCAUUCAUCUAAUUUAGACCGUAUUUUGAUGAAAUUGUUUGAAAAUCAAGGAACUAGUGAAAAUCAGCAGGUGGGUAGUCUUGGUUUAGGGUCUGUAAAUGCUGACAUUUUGGGUAUAAUUAAGGGGUUAGGAUUCUUGGGGAAGUGUGAUUUGGCUUUCAGUGUGUUUAAUUGGGUUCGUAGUCGAAACGAUUAUCAAAUUCUAUUAGAUGGGCCUGUUGUUGCUGCUAUGAUUAGUAUUCUGGGUAAGGAAGGCCGUGUAUCGGUUGCGGCUUCCUUGAUUAAUGAGCUAAAUAAGGAUGGUUUUGACAUUGAUGUUUAUGCUUAUACUGCAAUGGUAAGCGCUUAUGCUAGUAACGGGCGGUAUAGGGAGGCUGUGUCGAUUUUUAGGAAAAUGGAGGAAGUUGGGUGUAAGCCCACUUUGGUUACUUAUAAUGUAAUUUUGAAUGUUUAUGGUAAGAUGGGUAUGCCUUGGAUUACAGUUUCUGAAAUCAUGAACAAUAUGAAGCUUGAUGGGAUUUCCCCUGAUUUGUACACUUAUAAUACGCUUAUUAGUUGUUGUCGUCGUGGCUCAUUGUAUGAGGAAGCAGCCGAAGUUUUUGAGGAGAUGAAGUUAGCUGGCUUUGUGCCAGAUAAGGUCACUUACAAUGUCAUGUUGGAUGUUUAUGGGAAGUCUAGGCGUCCUAAAGAAGCGAUGGAGGUUUUGCGGGAGAUGGAGUUAUGUGGGUUUGCACCCAGCGAUGUGACUUUCAAUUCAUUGAUUUCAGCUUAUGUGAGGGGUGGUUUAUUAGAGGAGGCUAUGGUGAUCAAAGCUCAGAUGUUUAAGAAAGGGAUCAAACCUGAUGUUUUUACUUACACUACUCUCUUUUCUGGUUUUGAGAAAGCUGGUAAAGAUGAAUGUGCAAUGAAGGUUUUUGAGGAGAUGAGAAAUGCAGGUUGCAAACCUAAUAUUUGCACCUUUAAUGCCCUCAUCAAGAUGCAUGGUAAUCGCAAGAGGUUUUCAGAAAUGAUGCAGAUAUUCGAAGAAAUGAAACAUUGCAACUGUACACCUGAUAUUGUCACUUGGAACUCUCUUUUGGCUGUGUUUGGACAAAAUGGAAUGGAUGUUGAAGUCUCUGGUCUGUUUAUUGAGAUGAAGAGGGCAGGUUUUGCACCUGAGCGAGAUACUUUCAACACCUUAAUAAGUGCUUACAGUCGAUGUGGCUUGUUUAACCAAUCGUUGGCUGUUUAUAAAAUGAUGCUGGAAACUGGUGUUAUACCAGAUCUUUCAACCUAUAAUGCCAUUUUAGCUGCUUUAGCUCGAGGUGGGCUUUGGGAAGAGUCUGAAAAAGUACUUACUGAAAUGAAAAGUGGUCAGUGUAAGCCUAAUGAGCUGAGCUACUCUUGUUUGCUACAUGGUUAUGCUAAUGGAAAGCAGAUUGAACGUAUGUGCACUCUUGCAGAACAGGUGUAUGCUGGUGAAAUUACACUUCAUCCCGUGCUACUCAAGACUUUAGUUCUUGUCAAUAGCAAAACCGGCCUUUUAGUGGAAACAGAACGAGCUUUUUGGGAGUUGAGGAGGAAAGGCUACUCUAUGGAUAUAACUACUUUGAAUGCCAUGGUAUCUAUAUAUGGCCGUCGACAGAUGGUUAAAAAAGUUGAUGAAAUUUUGGAUUUCAUGAAGGAGAGUCAAUUUACUCCUAGCUUGACAACAUAUAACUCUCUCAUGUACAUGUAUAGCCGAUCUGGAUCAUUUCUUAGAGCAGAAGAAGUUCUGAAAGAGAUUGCUGGUUAUGGACUGCAGCCUGAUAUCAUUUCAUAUAAUACUGUUAUAUAUGCUUAUUGCAGAAAUGGUCGAUUGACGGAUGCCUCUAGAAUUUUCUCUGAGAUGAGUGGCUCUGGAAUUUUUCCUGAUGCAAUUACUUACAACAUUUUCAUUGCAUAUUAUGCUGCUAAUGACAUGUUUCCGGAAGCCACCGACAUGGUUCGCUGUAUGAUCAACCAUAAUUGUAGACCUAACCAAAAUACAUAUAAUUCGAUCGUUGAUUUUUAUUGUAAAUUCAAUCGUCCAGAUGAGGCUGCUAUUUUUGUAAAUAAUCUUCGCAAACUUGAUUCUUAUCUCACAAGGGAUGAAGAGUCAAGGUUACUGGAGCGAGUACGGAAUAGAUAUUUCAAGUAAGACUCAUCUUUCUUCUGACGUCCUAUUUGAGAGGAGAGGCUGAGAUGUUUCUAGGGUUUGCCGGUUAUUGAUCGAUUGGAAGAGGUUGGCUUUUCUAUUGGACUGCGGCUGUGAACUUUUUAAGAGAAUGUGAGCAUUAAUAUACUAAAGUCUUUCUGGAGGAUGCUAUAUCAAACUUCUAGACUUUUCUAUACUUUCUAUGACCUAAGGAUUUCUUUUGGACUGCAGCUCCGCAUCCGUGCCUUCUGACUUGGUAGCUACUCGAAGGGAAAAGAGCUGGUAGUCUUUAACACUUCUCUUGAUGAAGAUGAGGAUGCAUGUCUUGAAUAGAUUGAGAAAGACGAGCAGAAUGGUGUUUCCUGAUUGAAGAGGGGCUAUCCUCCAAAGCAAAGAGAUAAAAAGAGGAAAAAUCUGUUUCACCAGGCCUUUGAGGGCA